GAGAGAGUGGAGCUGCUGAGGCGGACGGAGGGCGGGUCAUCGCGGCUCUGACGGUGCUACAGACGCCCGAGGAAGUGUCAAAAGGAGGAAAAAACAGCUUAUUAAACGCAGAAGGAUGGCAGACCUGACGCUGAGCGAUGCCCUGACUGACAGCGUGUCCACGCCUGCUGAUGAGGCCAUGGUGGAGAGGGACUUCAUGGCCACACUGGAGGCAGAGACCUUUGAGGACAAGGUCGGGGAGACAGUGGGCAAGACAGACUACAUCCCACUAUUAGACGACGAUGAAAAGGAAACAGGUGCAGUGUUGGCGAAUGGAGAACAGAAUGCCCAAGGGGCACCCAAACCUGGUACUGUAGGUUUAUCAGGGACACCAGGGGAACAGGUUUCAGUGUCGCACCAGCAGAAAGAAGUCCAGCCCCAUCUGAUAGAUCAGCAGGCCUUGGUGUCAGACAUCCUGCCAGGCUCUAUGGCUGGUUUUCCUGAUCACUGGGGUGCUCAGGCUCACCCCUCCCAGAUGAUGGACACUGGCUUCAUGGGGACUUUCUCAGGUUUCUCUCAGCCAGGGGGAUUGGGAACAAACCUGGAGAGUGGGGUUGUAUCACUCCAGUCAGAAAAACCUUCAAGCAUUGCAGACGCUCAUCAACCACCACUGUUGGCUACAGAGGCACCUAUAGCACCUAAGAACCCUUUGGACUUGUCUGCAGGUGUCUUUGCUGACCGCUGGCCAGAUGACGCUGGCAUUCCCUCUGACCUGCCCUUCACUCCCAGUGUUUCUACUGUGAUCAGUCGCCAUGCAGGCCAUCUAACAGAGAGCCAACAAGAUGUCCCUGGCCAUCAGUGGUCCAUCAGAGAUAGUGGUCUGGGGGACAGGGAUGAAAGAGAAACCGAGAGUUCCGAUCACAAAAAAGAGAAGAAGAAGAAGAAAAGAAAGCCCAAAGAUGAUGUAUUUGAUCAAAUGGAAAGUAAGAGUAAACUAGAAAUGCAGAGUGAGAACACUGAUCUGCUUGAGGGAUCCCAUCAGAUGUUGACACGCAAGGAACGUGAUCGAGAUGAAGGCUGGCAGCAUCAGGACGUCAGUCGGGCUGGGGGAAGGAUCAAGAAAGGCAAAAGCCGUAAGAAGAUUCCAGAAGAGUGGGCAAUUCAUGCAGAGCCCUUUGUCCCUACUUCACCCCUAAUGUCUCAUGAUUUUGGAACUGAAUUGACAACUUGUCCAGCACCAGGAGACAUUCAAGCCUGUGGCCAAAGUCUAAUCUUUCUCACUGAGGAUUACCCUGAUGAGGGCCUCAUGCCAUCAUCACUUGCCAGUGAUCUGCUUUCACUUACAGCUAGUUCUCCACUGGCACCAGUGGAAACCAACCUUGCAGCUCACUCAGCAAAAUCCCACUGUGAGGAACCAAGUUUUUCAGCCACAAGCCACUUGUCUGGUUCACCCGGUUUCCAUGAUAUGCUUAUGGAAACAGAUAGCGGUGGCAUUGAUAGUACCAAAGAUGCCUUCACCCUCCCUGCAUCAUUGAGUAAAGCCGACCCUCAUGUGACUGACGUGAAUCCCCAAUGCUUUGUGCCUAGUGAGGGAGCCUUUGAAAAGGUCAUGUUUGAGCAAGAACCAUCCUUCAUUGACCCAAUAGUGGGGACCCAUGUUUUGGCUAACGACCCUGUGGUUGACCCCUUGAUGUCCACUCCUGGCAAAACUAGUUUUGGAUCAUCUAUGGAAGCUUUGAUCUCAGCACCUCCAUUCUCGCCAUCUCAAACUGCUUGGUCCCUUAAUGGCUCAAACCUGAACAACCAGGGUGAGAUCUUUGACAUCUCCAGCAUGAAGGGCACUACCUAUGAGGAACCUGUUUCAGUACCUUUACUGUCACCAAAAAGCAAAACGCCAAAAGAAGCCAAGUCAAAGCACAGCAAGAAGACUCGUUCAUCGUCAACAAGGAGUCCCACAUCAUCUGAAGCGAAACUGCACUCUCCACAAAAUUCUGGUUUGAACCCUGCUGCUCCUCCAUUCUUCCCUAGCUUUGCUGAAGCCCGAGAGCAUGUGACAGACCUGCCUGUCAUGCUGCAAGUCAAAACUGAGAAAAUCCAGCCAGUGGUGGAAAAAAUAGAGAGCCUGGAGAAGUCUGAUGUGUUCAGCAAAGUAGACAAGAUGGACAAGGUUGAGAAGACUGACGAGGUGGCCAAAGCCAAAGAGACCGAUACAAAAGACAAAACGGAAAACAAGGACAGUCAUGAAAAGCAAGAUAUGUUUGACAAGGUGGAAACCGUCAAAAAGACCGAUAUAAAAGACAUAAAGGAAAGCAAGGACAGUCGUGAAAAGCAAGAUACGUUUGACAAGAUGGACACAGUCAAAGAGAUUGGUAUAAAAGACAAAAAGGAAAGCAAGGAUAGUAGUGAAAAGCAAGAUACCUUUGACAAAGUGGAACCAGUGAAAGAGACCGAUAUAAAAGACACGAAGGAAAGCAAGGAUAGUAGCGAAAAGCACGAUACCUUUGACAAGGUGGAAACGGUCAAAGAGACCGAUAUAAAAGACAAAAAGGAAAGCAAGGAUAGUAGUGACAAGCAAGAUAUGUUUAACAAGGUCGAAAAAGUCAAAGAGACACCUGUAGCUGAUAUAUCAGAUAAACCAGACAAAACUGAGCAGCCUGAGAAGACAGAGAAGAUGCAUGUAACUGAAAAAACAGAUACAAGUAAAAAGGCUGACACUGUAGAGCAAGUUGAGAAACUUCCUGAUAUAAAAACUAGUGAAGGUAAGAGAGAUCUGUCUCCAGAGAUGGUCAAGGAGGUGGAAGUGGAAAAGAUGGAAAAUGUCGAAAAGUUAGAGUUGAAAGCAGAAACUGCCAAAGUUGAUAAAGAUAAAGCAGAAGCGGACAAAAGUGAGAAGGAAAAGCUUGGUCAGAAGCUAGAUGAGAAAUCGGAGAAGGAUAAUGCUGAGAAAGACAAGCUCGAUCAGAAACCUCAUGAGGAAGCAGAAAAGGACAAACUUGAGACAGUCAAGCUUGAUCAGAAGCAAGAAAAAGACCAAGCUGAAAGUGAGGUGGUUGAGUCAGGCAAAGAUGUCGCUCAAAAAACGGAUGCUGUGGAAGAGACAAAGCUGCCUGAGAAACAGAAGAAAACAGAAAAAGCUGGAACAGAGGUGAAAAAAGACCCAUCUGCCAAAGUAGAGAAAGAAGACAAAACCGAAAAAGCCAAAAAAGCAGCAGCUAAGCCUGUGGCAUCUAAUGGUGCCAGAACUACACCAGGAAAAGACCUGCCUAGUCCAGAGAAGAAAACCAAGCCUGCUACCACGACAACCAAACCAAGCAUGGUCAAAUCCCGGCCAAGCACGGUGGCCAACGCUGCAGCUGCUCCUAAGCGCCCGACCCCAGCCCCUACCUCCACAUCCCUGAGCAAAAAAGCACCCAUGCCCAAGGCACCCAUGCCCAAGGCACCCACACCCACGGCUGGCACCAAGCGUCCCGCUUCGGCUGCCAGCCGUCUCUCCACUGCAACCAGUGAGGUCAAGCCUAAGACAGCCACAGAGUCGUCAGUGCCAAAGUCCCAUGCUGCACCAUCUCGGUCUGCAGCCUCCAAGAAUGGUACCUCUACCACAGCCGUGAGCAGAACCACUGCAUCAAGCGCCCCCACAGCACGGCGCUCUCUGGCUACAAAGACUGAGAACAAAACAGGGGAGGAGAAGAAACCAAGUACUCUGAAGACCACAGACUCCACCAAGCCCAAAUCUACAACUACCAGACCAUCCACCAUUACCAGUAGUACCACAACCCGCACCCGUACCACUAAACCUACCACGACCACUAACAGCACCGGCACAGUGCCAGAGAGGAAGCCUCCUGUACCCCGUGCCCCUCGAGCUAGCUCUACUACCACAACUACUACCACCACCACCAGAACCAGUAGCCGCCCAGCAACAGCUCCAGCCGUUGAUGUUAAAAAUAUCCGCCCCAAGGUUGGCUCGACAGACAACUUGAAACACCAGCCCGGAGGAGGCAAGGUCACAGUUUCUCAAAGCAAGAUGGAUGCUCUGGCUCAGGGCUCCCUCUCCAAAGAGACCAGCCAGGGCAAAGUUCAGAUAGUCUCCAAAAAAGUGGACUACAGCCAUGUUACGUCUCGCUUGGGUUCCAAGGACAAUAUCAAGCAUGUCCCUGGUGGUGGGAAUGUCCAGAUUCUCAGUAAGAAGGUUGAUGUGAGUAAAGUGACUUCCAAGUGUGGUUCAAGGGUCAAUAUCAAGCAUAAGCCAGGAGGUGGAGAGAUAAAGAUUGAGUCUCAUAAAGUGAACUUCAAAGACAAAGCCCAUUCUAAGGUUGGCUCCUUGGACAACGUCAGCCAUGCACCAGGAGGGGGGAAUGUUAAGGCUGAGGGGCAACAGGAGACAGUUGAGGGCACUGGGGCUACCUCUAGUGGCUCAGCCGACCCAGCCCAGGAGAAUGGGCUGAAGGAGGGUACUGCAUGUGGGGGCGAGGCACUCCGGGACCCCCAGGGCCUGGAUUCUCUCAUCCCUGAAACAAGCAUCUAAUUCUGCUUUUUGCUAUCGCCUUAUUUCAUUUCCGAAACAUCUCCUGUCCACUUCCUCUUCCUGCUUUCCUCUUGGUUUAUAUCCAAAUCUUUUCUUUUUCUUCUUCUGUCUUUCUGGUUUUCCCCUAAUACUCCCUGCUGCAGAUUGAAUCUUUCAAGCUCAACUUCCGCGAGAACGCCCGCUCUCGCACGGACCACGGUGCUGACAUAAUCACCUGGCC